AUGCACAAAUCGAGCUGCAUACAUUUGCUGAUGCGUCAACGUCUGCAUACGGAGCAUGCACAUACGUCCGUUGCGAAAAUGCUCUGGGUACCGUACGAAUUCAGGCUACUUGCCUCAAAAAGCAAGGUAGCUCCACUAAAGAGACUGACAAUAGCUCGCCUGGAACUGUGUGCUUGUGUUCUGGCAGCUCAUCUACAUCAUCGCAUCAAACAGGCAAUCCACAUCAAUGUAUCUGCAUCGUAUUUCUGGUCCGACUCUGCCGUUUGUUUGUAUUGGCUUCGAGCACCCCCUAGCGCAUGGAAAACAUUCGUUGCCAAUAGGGUCUCCGAGGUGCAACACUUCACCCAUGGAAGCAAAUGGAACCAUAUAUCCGGCUCCGAGAACCCUGCGGAUCUAGUUUCACGCGGAAUGUCAGUGGAAGAUUUCCUGCAAAGUGAAGAUUGGAAGCAUGGCCCUUCAUGGCUAGCACACCAACAGUCCUCCUGGCCAAUCUCAAACCUACCUGCCGUCUCGGAGGACAUUCUGGAAACCAAAAGCGUUGUUGCAUCCAUUCAAACAAUAACCAGCAUCAACCCAUGGUUUCUUCUGGUGGUCGUCCUAUACUCGACUACUCCACACUGUAGGAUAUUGCUACCGUUUCGUAACAAGAACACGUUCAAAGGCCAGAACCCAGUCAAUUGCACCCCUCACGGAAUCGAACUCGACGCGCAGUCACUCACCGUCCAGGAGCUUGUCAACGCUAAUGCCUUUCUAACCAGGCUUGCCCAGCAAGAUGUCUUCGGGGAUGAGAUCAAGGACCUGCAGCGAGGAAAUACCAUAAUGAAGAAAUCGCCAAUACGUCGAAUGUGUCCAUUCAUCGAUCCGGAAGGAAUACUACGAGUAGGAGGCCGAUUGAAUCUGUCUCAGCUUCCAUACCAGUCCAAACACCCUGCCCUCCUCCCAAAAGAUCAUCCAUUCACCAGGCUAAUCGGAGAACACUAUCAUCGGAAGCUCCUCCACGGCGGCGGGCGUCUUCUGUUGUCGUCGAUUCGUGAGGAAUACUGGCCACUGAACGGUCGUCGUUUGGUCCAUAGCAUCGUACGUAAUUGUUUCCGUUGUAUACGCCAUCGUCCGCAGCCCGCUCACCAGCAGAUAGGUCAGCUACCAGCAGCGAGGGUUAUACCAAGUCGUCCCUUCUCCAACACAGGCGUGGAUUAUGCUGGUCCUCUAUACAUGAAACCCAUCCAUAAACGAGCAGCCCUGGCAAAAGCUUACCUGUGCAUAUUUAUAUGCUUCGCUACAAAAGGCUGCCCACCUAGAGGAGCAAAACGAGAGCUAGGCGAGCUAUUUGCCAGGUUUAGGAGCCAGAACGAGCAGAGCAUUAUUGCCUCUGCUUGCACAGAUCAGGGAAUUACUUGGCACUUGACUCCUCCCAAGGCCCCACAUUUCGGUGGCCUAUGGGAAGCGGCGGUCAAGACUGCCAAACGACAUCUAUUUCGACAAUUGGAAUCUGCGAUGAAUUCCCGUCCUCUUUUGCCGAUGUCCGAUGAUCCUAACGACCUCGCCGCCCUAACACCAGCACACUUCCUCAUCGGUACCUCGAUGUACGCCCUGCCCGACCCAGCCACUCAGCACACACCAGUGGGCGCCUCCUUAAUUUUAUCUUCAGAAGCUCCAGCAUCACGUUCAAAAUUCUGGGUUCACUGGCGAACCGAGUAUUUGCAGGAGAUGAUGAGAGAUACGAAGCUUGCAGCACGAAACGACGAGAUCCGGCCUGGAAGGAUGGUCAUCCUAGUUGACGAAAUGGUGCCAACAACCCGUUGGCCACUUGCGCGUAUCACUGAAGUACAUCCUGGAAGAGAUCGAUUGAAUCGAGUUGUUAGCCUUCGCACCGCCAAAGGAGUCAUCAUCCGACCAAUUACCAGAAUUUGCUUACUUCCGUGUUUCGAGCCAGUUCUAGAUCAGGAGCAACGAGAAGAAGAAGUCGACGAUCCAAAUUCCCAUUCAUAA